GAGAUCGAGGAUGUCUUAAAGGAGAAGCUUAUUCGUGACUAUGAGCAAAGACCCGCGGUAGUGAUGGCUACAAGUAGCCUAGGAGACCAAGGUGGGGUUGCUAGAAUGAGUCAGGGGAGAAAGAAGUGGAAUCAACGGGAAGACUUCAUUGCGAGAAUCAAUCAUAUGGAGGCUUGCAGACCUUCUUCCUAUGGGAAGCAAGUUAAUAAUGUAUCGGGUAAGGCCGGUCUAGAUCGAGGCCGUGAUGCAAGAAGACAAGGACUCCUUGGAAGGAAAGAGAUUACAAAAACUGGCGCUUGGCUGUCAGGCGCAACCCCUUUGACUUGGUUUCCUUGUCGAGUUAAUUCGUUCUUCCAGUUCUGCAAGACUGCUGUUGCUGUAAUAGAAAGCGCAUACAAGCUAGCACUGACAAGUAAGCCUGCUCACAAUCGCAUCUAUUAUUAA